AUGGCAAAAAUCACGCAGCUGCGCUCUUACAGCGAGACUAGAUUCGACCACCGGGUUGCCGAUGGGUUUCCCUGCAGCAACCCAACUGUCGAUCUGUCGGUCAGCUGGGACGCAUCGGGGAAGAAUCUUCUGAUAUACCGGCCCAGGGAACAUGUCGUGUCCAAGAUUCACCAAUUUGCGAAACCUGGCCACCAGGCACCUCAGCCGCAAGCCGUGAAAUGGAAACCGGACGGCCAGUUCCUCGCCGUAGGCUGGAGUGACGGCUAUAUCAGGUUGAUGGGCUUGGAGAACAACAAGGCUGCACAUCACAUCCGUGUCUGCGGGGACGACGCAUCAGCUCCCAGCAUCACUCACAUCGGCUGGUCGCGCAACACCGUAGGCAAACCGCGAUCUCACUAUCAGAAGACAUCGUCGCAGCCAUGGCAGAAGCUUAUGUCAGAGGAGCUGGAGCUGCCCGGGGGACCCGCCCCGCUGGAUUUUCCGCGAGAACUCACCUUCUUGGAGGUGGACUCGGCGUUACCCAAAAUCAGCCCUUUGCCCAGCUCAAGUGCUGGAGCAGGGUAG